UUUAGUCCUGUACUUUAUUGGCACUGUUUGGGACAUCUUUUCCCUCAUGCACUUGAACUGCAAUGGCUAGGAGACUGGGAUUUCUUUGGCAUGCCCUCGGAGCCCACUAAAAUAUUCUGCUGAGAGCCUGUAGGAGGAACCUUAUGUACUUCCUGUCUCACUGGAUUGGGAAUAAGAAGAUUGUUGUUUUCAUCCGAAGGUAAACUGUGGCCGAAGGGAGAAUAUGAGAAUGAGGAAGACUUGACUUCUUCAUUGAUGCAGCUCUAUGUUCUCCCCUCCCUCUUCAUAGCUAAUAGCAGCUAAUCAUAGAUAUUUACAGGGUUCGAUCAGCAUUUCAAAAUCGAAAGCUACCGAGCAUAAUCGCAACAAAUCGACAUCUAAUUGACAUCCAUCUUCGGCAAAGUACUAAUCGGAGAUACGCAAACCAAAUUGUGAAAUUGUGACUGGCCGCAGGGAGGCACCAAUAGACAGUCCACAGAAGACUGAUGGAGAAGUUUCUGAGGAACUAUGAUCACAAAGAACGAAUGAAAAUGGCCAUCCUGAAGCAUGAAGAAACCUUCAGACAGCAGGUCCAUGAACUCCAUCGCUUGUAUAGAGUUCAGAAGCUACUGAUGAGUGAUAUGAAAAAUACUAAGCUGAAGAAACAAAAACACAGAAGGCCUCAUCGGCCUCUUAAUCUGGAACUCCCAGCAGAAGAGUACAUAGUAAAUGCUGAAGAAGAGGUGAUGUUAGAUAUUGAACAAGAGAGCGAUGUAGAGCUAACGCUGGCCAUAGGAGGCAGCCGGAAGAAGAGAGAUGGAACUCCUUUUACUUCCGAGUCAGGAACGAGUUUUUCCUCAUCUUCAACCGAGUCGAGUGGGAUGAAAUCAAGAGGCCUUGAAUGGAGGCUGCAGCAGGCGCAAGACAUAAACCUUGGCUUUCCAAAUGAGAGGGACGGUCCCUUUAAUGUUGAAGAAGGAAUGAAACAGGAUGGGCUGAAGCAGCCACCCUGGCUCGUCCGAUGUUUGAGCCUCAAGAUGGCAUGACCUUCAUAGAUUGCAAAUGUACGUUAUAGUUCGGCAGUCAAUGGCAUUUGGUACCUUGAUAGAUUAAAACCUUCAGUCUGUUAUGUACAUCUUCUGACCAAUGCAUGGCUGAUGCUUGAGCUGAUCAUCUACUUUGUGCUAAAAUUAGUCUUUAUUGUAUCUUCUUUUUCUUUGAUGUAAAAUAUGGGAAACCCAUUGACUAUUUUUGCAACAUGAGGACUUCCUUUGUAGGUCA